CUCCUCCUGAGGGGUCUGUUGGAGAAGGUGGAAUGCGAUAAGAAUUAUGUUAGACGAUCAGCGGCUACGAUUUUGGCGUCCUCAGUGGUACAUUCACGGCUGCCGCAUGAGCUCUCCUAUCUGCUAAUUCAACAUCUCAUUAGUCGACCUUCACCUUCCACCUAUUUAUCUGCUCCACUGGUCGCCCUGGGCUUAGGGACUAUAGAUUUUGGGAAUUGGGCUCGCGAAACUUUGGAGUUUUUUUGGUGGAGUGUGGUGCGUCUCCUCUGCCUGCAGUUGGCUUGCCGAAAAUAUCAAUCCACGUUGUCGUCCAUAUCUGCUUCAUCAGCUGUGAUGGUUUGCACAGCCGCGUUGGAGUGUCUUCUGGAAGUACUCUCAUCAACACCUGCUGGCCAUCCUCCCACAAAACUCCCUGAUGGAUUUCAGGAGGCUUUGCAAAUCUUUUGUGACAAGCAAAGACCUCAUUCACCGUCAGCACUUCUUCACCUGGACGACUACGACUCGUCGGUAGAUGCCUCCGACGCGGACGAUGGUAGUUCAGUAACUUCUCAAUCUGCAAUGCCACUUACUUCUACUAUCAUCGAGAGUAGAGGCGAGAAACUGUCUCUUAUAAAGCGAAAUCUCCUUCCCACUGAGCUCUCGACACCUGGUCAGCGAGAAACAGAAGCACCGCCUGAAGAUAUUCUAUCUCCAAAGGCCGAUACGCCUGAUGGGACAGAAUCUGAGGAUGAAAAUGAGAUCUUCGCUACUUCCUCGAUGCACAGUUUUUUGGCCGUCUUUGCUCACCGAUUUGGCCUUCUGUCGGGCGCGCCAUCGAUGACUCGUGCUGCUGCGCAGUCACUGGCGGUAGCGUGUUUAGCGAAACUGGCGCUUACGCUUUCUCCGAGAUUGUUUUUUGAACCUCUGCCAGCGGCUUCUCAGUCCUCAGAAGAGGAGGGCAAUGAAGCAAAUGUGGUUACUGGAAUUGAAAUGGCUCUUCACUUAAUGCACCACAGUGAUCCCCAGGUGCGAGGCAAUGCAUGUCUCCUCGCAGGAAAUCUUCUUCAUUCCAUCGCAACACACAUUUUGAUUCAACCAACGUCCAGUCUGGAUGCUCAUCAGCAUCUGCAGAUCUGCCGUCUCAUCUGUGGCCUUGACGAUCUUUUGGCCUCCGAAAAAUCAGGCAUCACUUACCGGAUGGCUCUAAAGGCCCUUCGGUCCUGCGCCAAUACACUUCUCCAUCUAUCAGCUACUGUCCCUAUCGCUGACAUGGAAACAGAGUCGGCGUCUGCGCGUUUGCUGCAGUGUCUAGCAUCCCGGCUGGUGGACUGUGCUCGUCACCCUUACCGGCUUGUACGACGUGAGACCCUAUUUCUAUUCUCUGAUCUGGACUGGGACCAAGUGGAACAUUUGGAACGGGCUUGGUUCGGCUACCAUAAAAAUGGGACUUCACAGCGCCUUGUGGAAGCCACACCGUUAUCAGUUGUUGCUUGGAACGAAUGCCUUAGGUUAUUCGCUGAUGCUGAUCGUUCCCUCGGUCGAGAAGCAUUUCGUUCCCUCCUUACCCUUGCCGAACGCACUCCAUCUGCUGAUCUUCAAAGGACACAGAUGAAUGAUGUUGGUUUAGAAUCGAUCGACACUGCUGCUGUCCACCUUUUUGUGCAUUCGGCUCUCACAGGUCAGAAUGUCACUGCAUGUGACCUUCCUAUUGCUCAAGACAGUUGCGUUUCCACUGUCAGUGGUUUUGCAGAUGAUUUGCGUUCCAUAGCCAAGGGUCUCCCCGUGUAUUUGAGGCUUUCGGCUCCACCAUCGUACAUGAUCCAGCAAUCGAAGUCGAUAUCCUCCCAUGGAUGUCUUCUGCGACGGAAUCGAUACAAUCGUGGGUUGCAUCGUGUGUUUCGGGAGCUUGUAGACAGUCUUCUGGAGUUGUCCCCUGUCUGUGAUAGUCCGGAGAAUCGGAGCAUGAUGCACUCGUUAAUCUUCGGUCUGGCCGAACUGCUUGGUAGUCCACCAAUAACAUCGAACCAUAUCCUAUGGUACACUCCAUCCCCCUUGCCACAACCUUUAAAUGUAGACAGCGAAACUGUGGCGGUCUCUCCCUCCCGCUUUGCCUUGCAACGCUAUCAACGACGGCCAAAGAUGGCCCUCCUUCUGUGGCACUGCAUCUCCCAACUCUCAAUUUCACCUCUUGCCUUAACUGAUCUGGCUUUGCAGGCUCGGCUACUUUGUCUAGCUUCAGGAUGUGCUCUGCGUUGGGGUAUUAGCAGUCUACUAGAGGGAAGUAUUCCAGCUGGUGGAAAAAUGGAACUGCAUCAAGAUCACGCCUUCACACGCGCAUCUGGAGCUCUUCUCAAGCACGUCAUCAGCCAGGCGGGAGAGCUGGAGGGUGGCACAACUCCGAAAGCUUCCCGACUUGUGCAGAUGUAUGGAAAGGUGAAUAAGCUUGCCGGUACUCAUGCACUGCUUGCAAUAUUCUGGCACGUCUUCAAGGGAGUGAAACCGAAUUCAGCCUCAUCUUCCACCGGUAUCCUUUCCAGUUUUGUUGGGGGAAAUCCGGCCUCCUCUCCAGUUCCAAUCACUAGCGCACCGAUUGGGAGUGGCUCUGCCACUCCGUCCUCUGUCAUUACUACAACAAUAACUACUAGCCAGGCCAAGUCUAGGCCUAUUUUCGGCUUACAAUUUGUUCAAACUACUGAGUCGGAAGAAGAAGAGAGCCGCUUACUACUUGGUAGUCGGGAGACCCACGGCUACUUCGCUGAUUCCCAGGAGUACAUGCAACUCUACAAUACCACCAGAGCAUCCUUCGAAGCGUUUAAAAAGUUGGUGGUGCGUUAUAUUGAUCAAUGUUGCUUCCUCAACGUCAUGGAUUUUGAUGGUAGCCGGUCUGGAGACCACUCCAAAGGUAUGCAAGCAGUUGAUAAACUGGCUCGGUUGAAAAUAUUUUUGCUAUGA